AGCAACGGCUGUCGAAAACUCUUCAAAAACUUGUGCUGGGUUUUGCUUCUCUACUCCAACUGCCAUGGCUGCCGCUAUGAAAAUUGUGUUUGGACUCCUUACGUUUGUCACUGUCGGAAUGAUAAUAGGUGCUUUGUUCCAAUUGGCAUUUAUACGCAGAUUGGAAGAGUCAUAUGGAUCUGAGUUUCAACCUUCGAGGAGAGUGGGCAGAAGUCUAAAUGAUGGCUAUCUUCAGUUUCCCGGAGCUGCGAUAUUAUCUACAAAGCUAAGUUCUACCCAAGGUCAAGAUUGUAAGCCUCUCAGUGGCACAGCCCGCACAUGGGAGGGUAUUCCUCAUUGGACCAAUGACAAAGAAGCAGAAGUUUUACGACUUGGAUAUAUCAAACCAGAAGUGAUAAGCUGGUCACCUCGAAUAAUUGUGCUUCAUAACUUCUUGAGCAUGGAGGAAUGCGACUAUCUUAGAGCUAUUGCCUCUCCUCGCCUUCAGGUAUCCACUGUAGUGGACAUUAAGACAGGAAAGGGGAUCAAGAGUAAGGUACGUACCAGCUCUGGUAUGUUCUUGAGUCCUCAAGAGAAGAAGUUCCCAAUGAUACAGGCAAUUGAAAAACGUAUAUCUGUCUAUUCUCAAGUACCAAUAGAAAAUGGGGAACUGAUUCAAGUUUUGAGGUAUGAAAAGGAUCAGUAUUAUAAACCUCAUCAUGACUACUUCUCUGAUACUUUUAACUUGAAACGAGGUGGUCAGCGAGUGGCGACAAUUCUGAUGUAUCUGAGUGCCAAUGUUGAGGGUGGAGAAACUUAUUUCCCCAUGGCUGGCUCAGGUGAAUGUAGCUGUGGUGGAAAAGUGGUCAAGGGUAUGUCUGUAAAGCCAACUAAAGGAGACGCUGUACUUUUCUGGAGCAUGGGUCUGGAUGGCCAAUCAGAUCCAAAUAGCAUACAUGGAGGAUGUGAGGUGCUAGCAGGGGAGAAAUGGUCAGCCACAAAAUGGAUGAGGCAAAGAGCUACCUCUUGAAUUUUCUAGCUUAGCUCCUCUUAAGUUAUAUAAUUUUGGGGCUUUUACUUGGUUCAUGAGAUAGAUACGUAUAGUCAGAUAUCUCUGAGCCAUGAUGGACAUCAAGUUUGGCAUUCCAAAUAUGAUGAGCAUCAAGAGUAGUGUUAUACCGCCACAGUUUAGGUAGUAGCAGGAUUAAACAGAACAUCAUACUCAAUAUUCAUGAUAGAAACUGAAGAGUGCAUAUGAUCUUGGAGAGUAGUAAUGGGAUGAGGUGCAUCUUGUGAUGAAAUUCUGUUGCUAUGACGGGAUAGACAAAAAUGCAACUGCUUCUUGAUGGCAAAAUCUAGCUUAUGAAACCAUUUCUCGAAACCAUUGGUGGGACAUUUGACUUUGUUACAUUUCCUUCCAAAGACAACAAAUUUACAGAUUCUUUAAUAUUCAUCUGAGCGCUUUGGAACGUAAUGGCAAUUAAAGUGCGGAAUUAGUGUCC